AUGAAUCAACAACAACAGAAUCAAAAAGACAGAUUAGAAGAUUUAAGAAAUCAUUUAUUACAAUCAUUAUCAACAUCUGAACAAUUACUUAAAGAUUUUAGGUUAAAUACACCUGAAUAUUCUUCAAUUACCGUUGCAGUUGUUCUUGAAUUAAUACUUGAUGUUAAUUUAAAACAAUCACUCACUUUAAUUGAAUUGCUCAGUUCUAAAGAAAAAGUUCCAAUUGUUAUCCCGGAGUUAGAAGAUUUAGAUACCAUAGAAAUAUUAAAUAGAGAAGCUCCUUCUAUUGUUGAAAUGAUUACAGCAGUUAAUACUAUGAGAUAUAUUAUGGAAAAUCCUGAUUCUAUUAGUUCUGACGAUUCUUCCGAAUCAGAUACAGAAAUUGGUGAAGAUGAUGAAGAUAGCGAAGAUAAAGAAGUUAAUGAUCGUGAAUCAGAAACUGAACCAAAGAUAAAAACUGCUAAUAUGAGUAAUGAAUAAAGAUUGAAGGUAUUAUUAGAUUCAAAUUCGAUACCGUUUUUUAUUAUUUGAAUAUAUGGUGAUUUAUUUAAUACUACUUAUACGCAUGUGGUUCAGGCAUUUUUUAUUUUUUUAUUUUUGUUAUCAGUUUUCAUUAUGAAUAACAACAAUCCAUUAUUCAGGAAAACUUGAAAGAUAUUUUAGCAAAUGAAUUGGAAAAGUUACAAUAAAAUGUAAUGUAUGAUAGUAUUUGCAUCCUCUACAUCUUCUAAAUUUACGAAAACCAAAUCAUUAGAGUUUCAAAAGCCAGAUGCUAUGCAUCUCAUGAGAGACGAUAGAGAUUCAAAUACUGAUAAACAGCUGGAUGAUUUAAAUUUAGCACUUGGUAGCAAAAGCACUCACCAACCAGCCCAAACUUGUUUGAGUUUGUCGCCAUAAUGGUAGCGUUCAUAAGUUCAACUACCGCGAAAACUGGUUGAAGUCAUGGCGCUAUUGUAAACUCCAUUAUACAGAUCAGUUUUGACUCUUACAAAUCAAGAGCUAAUUAUGGACUAUAGUAUGCUGCUAUUUUAUGUAUCUGAGCUAAUUGAAAUAGGACUAGUCUUACAAUGAUUGUCUUAAUUUUUUUUACAAUUUGCAACACUUUUUAUUAAUAUUGGAUUCGCAAGAUCAAAUUCCUAAAGAUAAAAUUGAACAAACCAGAGAUGUUCUUUUAAGAUCAUUAUUUGAAUCAUCAGAAUCAAUGGAAAAUGCUAAAUUAACAACAGAAGAUGAAUCUUUUUCUCCUUCAAUUAUUUUUGAAAUAUUUUGUUCAAACUGAUUUAUUACAAUUACUUGAUUUUAUGAAAAAUGUUGGUUUUAGAGGUGGUAUUUUGGAGUUGGUUUUUCUGAUUUAGAAUCACUUAAAUUAUAUGUUGAUGAAGAAAGAAAUCGUUUAGAAUUUUAUCAAGGUCUUAAAAUUGGCGAAAUUGUCAAUAGAGAUUUGAUUAAAUUUGAUGCGUUGAAAACCGCUUUGAAAAUCAAAUCAGAAUCUGAUACUGGUGUUAUUGAUGCUAAUGAAGCUGAUACCAAAGCUGUUAAAUCAAAUGAAGUUGUUGAAUCAUUUUAA